AUGGAUCCUUUUUUUACUGCUACCGGCAAUUUCAAUGUCUCCGAUGUUUUUUCGAUUGGAGAUCCAACUCUUCCUUGGGAUUUUACAACAAUCGAGGACAAUAUAGAGGCCCAAAAACUCUUAGUUGCCGCCAUAGCACAUAAUCAACAGUAUAGAUUCGACGACGAUCAAAAGCGAAAGUUGGAGAUGUUAGAGGACAUUGCCCAACAAACUCCUUCCAAGGCUAAUCACAAUCUUAAUAUUGCAUCUGUUCCACAUCCGGAACUGUCGGCUGAAACCGGAAGCGUUCAAUCAGUUUCAGGAAAUGGACAAUCAGAGCAGCCUAGCGAACCACAGAAAAAAAAGCCAGGAAGAAAACCAUUAACCAACACACCUAGUUCUAAACGUAAAGCUCAAAAUCGGGCGGCUCAACGUGCAUUCCGAGAACGUAAGGAACGUUAUGUCAAAGAACUUGAGACUAAGAUUGAAGAACUUGAAUCCUUAUCAGCAAAAA